GCAUGCCAUCACAGCACACACUCACUGUAUUUUCUAUUCAUUUCAAUUUCAUUCAUCCAAACUUAAAAAACAAAAAACCAAAAUUGGAAACCAAACCUCAACACCAAGAACAACAACUUCAGCUCCGGUCGUACACCUUCGUUGACCAAGUCAACCACCGCACCAGCCGCCACCAAACUCCACAACCACCUCGCCGGCGUUCAAUACCACGCGUCGUUUCCUGUAGAAGCUGGCGCUGGUGGGAUCUGUUGAGAGGUUUUUCAAUCUUCGAGUUUCUGUGUUGUUGUGGUGAGCGGGGGAUCGGAGACGAUGGUAUCAAGGGGGCUGUUCGGGUGGUCCCCACCGCACAUGCAGCCACUCACGCCGGUCUCCGAGGUGUCAGAGCCGCCGGAGUCGCCGUCGCCUUUCAUGGACUUCGGCGCCGAGACCUCCGCGUCGCAGCAGGUGGAGGAGGAUGAGGAGAUGGAGGAGCAAGAGGAGGACGAGCCGCCGCCAGCUGCCGUUCCUUUCUCGCGGCUGUUCGCCUGCGCUGACCGUCUCGACUGGGUCCUUAUGGUGGUUGGCUCCGUCGCCGCCGCCGCUCAUGGCACCGCGCUUGUGGUUUACUUGCACUACUUUGCUAAAGUUCUCCAGGUUCCUAUGCAGGAGGAUCAGUUUCCCAGGUUCAAGGAGCUUGCUUUAAACAUUGUUUAUAUUGCUGGGGGAGUUUUCGUUGCUGGUUGGAUUGAGGUUUCGUGUUGGAUACUUACUGGAGAACGGCAGACAGCUGUCAUCAGAUCAAAAUAUGUUCGAGUAUUACUUAAUCAAGACAUGAGUUUUUUUGAUACUUACGGGAAUAAUGGAGACAUUGUGAGUCAAGUAUUGAGUGAUGUGCUGCUCAUUCAGUCUGCUCUUAGUGAAAAAGUUGGGAAUUAUGUUCAUAAUAUGGCUACAUUCUUCAGUGGUCUAGUUAUUGCUUUUAUCAAUUGUUGGCAGAUUGCAUUGAUAACAUUAGCUACAGGUCCUUUUAUUGUUGCUGCAGGAGGAAUUUCAAACAUAUUCCUCCAUAGGCUUGCAGAGAAUAUUCAAGAUGCAUAUGCUGAAGCAGCCAGCAUUGCUGAACAGGCAGUUUCCUAUAUAAGGACCUUGUAUGCAUUUACAAAUGAGACAUUAGCUAAAUAUUCAUAUGCAACAUCCCUGCAAGCCACUCUUAGAUAUGGUAUAUUAAUAAGUCUUGUCCAAGGGCUUGGCCUUGGGUUUACAUAUGGGCUUGCAAUAUGUUCUUGUGCAUUGCAACUCUGGGUCGGAAGGUUAUUGGUUGUGCAUGGAAAAGCUCAUGGUGGUGAAAUUGUAGCGGCUCUUUUUGCUGUGAUUCUGAGUGGCUUGGGAUUGAAUCAAGCAGCAACAAAUUUCUACUCAUUUGAUCAAGGGCGAAUAGCUGCUUAUAGACUCUUUGAGAUGAUAAGCCGGUCAUCCUCAUCUUCAAAUCAUGAAGGCAGUUCUCCUGCCUCUGUACAAGGAAACAUAGAGUUUCGGAAUGUUUAUUUCAGUUAUCUUUCUCGCCCUGAAAUCCCUAUUUUGAGUGGGUUUUAUCUCACGGUUCCUGCUAAGAAAACUGUGGCACUUGUUGGCAGAAAUGGCUCUGGAAAGAGCAGUAUUAUUCCACUUAUGGAGCGGUUCUAUGAUCCAACAUUAGGAGAAGUUCUUUUAGAUGGUGAAAACAUCAAGAAUUUGAAACUGGAAUGGCUGAGGAGCCAAAUAGGACUGGUAACCCAGGAACCGGCUUUGCUCAGUUUGAGCAUAAAAGACAACAUUGCUUAUGGCAGGGAGACCACCUCUGAUCAAAUUGAAGAGGCUGCUAAAAUAGCUCAUGCACAUACCUUUAUCAGCUCCCUAGAUAAAGGUUAUGAUACUCAGGUUGGCAGGGCGGGUUUAGCUUUGACAGAAGAGCAAAAAAUAAAACUUUCUAUUGCAAGAGCUGUGCUUUUAAAUCCAUCCAUUCUUCUGCUUGAUGAGGUUACCGGUGGACUUGAUUUUGAGGCUGAGAGGUCUGUUCAGGAUGCCCUGGAUCUCCUUAUGCUGGGACGCUCAACAAUAAUAAUUGCUCGAAGGCUUAGUCUUAUAAAGAAUGCUGAUUAUAUAGCUGUUAUGGAGGAGGGUCAGCUUGUUGAAAUGGGUACUCAUGAUGAAUUAUUGACCCUAGAUGGCUUAUAUGCAGAGCUUCUUCGAUCUGAAGAGGCCACAAAACUUCCCAAGAGGAUGCCUGUUCGAAACUACAAGGAGACUGCAGCUUUCCAAAUUGAGAAAGAUUCUUCAGAAAAUCAUAGCUUCAACGAACCAUCAUCCCCUAGAAUGGUGAAAUCACCCUCUCUUCAAAGAAUAUCUGCAGUAUUUCGGCCUUCAGAGGGCUUCUUUAACUCACAAGAAUCACCCAAAGUUCGGAGCCCACCACCCGAGAAGAUGAUGGAAAAUGGUCAGUCUUUGGAGGCAGAAGAUAAAGAGCCAUCAAUAAAAAGGCAGGAUAGUUUCGAAAUGAGACUACCAGACUUACCGAAGAUUGAUGUUCAGUCUUUGCAUCGACAAACAUCAAAUGGUUCUGACCCUGAAUCCCCUGUUUCACCUCUUUUAACAUCUGAUCCUAAAAAUGAACGCUCCCAUUCACAGACUUUUAGCAGACCAGAUAGUUAUUCUGAUGAUUUUCCAGUGAAAGCAAAUGCAACAAAGGAUACACUGCAUCAAGAACAACCCUCAAUUUGGAGGUUGGCAGAGCUUAGUUUUGCAGAGUGGCUUUAUGCGGUGUUAGGAAGCAUAGGUGCUGCUAUCUUUGGUUCCUUCAAUCCUCUUCUUGCUUAUGUCAUUGGCCUGGUGGUGACAGCUUACAACAAAAUUGAUGAAACUCAUCACUUGCAAGGGGAGAUAGACAAAUGGUGCUUGCUCAUUGCUUGUAUUGGUAUUGUGACCGUCAUUGCCAACUUCUUACAACAUUUCUACUUUGGUAUUAUGGGGGAGAAAAUGACAGAAAGAGUUAGGAGAAUGAUGUUCUCAGCCAUGCUACGCAAUGAAACUGGAUGGUUCGAUUUAGAAGAAAAUAGUGCUGACAAUUUAUCCAUGCGCUUGGCCAAUGAUGCGACAUUUGUGCGAGCUGCUUUCAGUAACCGACUUUCCAUAUUUGUACAGGACAGUGCGGCAGUUAUUGUUGCUUUUCUCAUUGGUGUUUUGCUGCACUGGCGAUUAGCACUUGUGGCUUUAGCAACACUUCCAAUUCUCUGUGUUUCUGCUGUUGCCCAGAAAUUGUGGCUUGCUGGAUUUUCAAGGGGCAUCCAGGAAAUGCACCAAAAGGCAUCUUUGGUUCUUGAAGAUGCAGUCAGAAAUAUUUACACCGUUGUUGCAUUUUGUGCUGGUAAUAAGGUGAUGGAACUCUACAGGCUGCAGUUAAAUAAAAUAUUUAAGCAGAGUUUUCUUCACGGACUGGCCAUUGGUUUUGCAUUUGGCCUUACACAGUUUCUACUUUUUGCCUGUAAUGCCCUUCUACUUUGGUACACUGCAAUAUGUGUACAUAGAGAUUAUGCGGAUACUCCCACUGCGAUCAAGGAGUACAUGAUUUUCUCAUUUGCUACAUUUGCGCUUGUGGAACCCUUUGGACUGGCUCCUUACAUACUCAAGCGAAGAAAAUCUCUCAUUUCAGUAUUUGAAAUCAUAGAUCGCGUGCCUAAAAUUGAUCCUGAUGACAAUGAAGCAUUGAAGCCACCUAAUGUAUAUGGAAGCAUUGAGUUGAAAAAUGUUGAUUUUUGUUAUCCUUCUAGGCCAGAAGUCUUGGUAUUGAGCAAUUUUAGUCUCAAAGUCAGUGGGGGGCAAACAAUUGCUGUUGUGGGAGCUUCAGGGUCAGGAAAAAGCACUAUAAUAUCUUUGAUGCAGAGAUUUUAUGAUCCAGUUGCUGGUCAAGUUUUACUAGAUGGGAGAGAUUUAAAACUGUAUAACUUGAGAUGGUUGAGAAGCCACCUUGGUCUGGUUCAGCAGGAACCUAUUAUCUUCUCGACAACUGUAAGGGAAAAUAUCAUAUAUGCCAGACAUACUGCCAGUGAAGCUGAAAUAAAAGAGGCCGCAAGAAUAGCAAAUGCGCAUCAUUUCAUUAGUAGCUUGCCUCAUGGUUAUGACACUCAUGUUGGGAUGAGAGGUGUUGACUUAACUCCAGGACAGAAACAGAGGAUUGCAAUUGCAAGGGUAGUGCUAAAAAAUGCACCUAUCUUGUUGUUGGAUGAAGCUAGUUCAUCAAUUGAAUCUGAAUCAAGCAGAGUGGUGCAAGAGGCAUUAGACACUCUAAUAAUGGGAAACAAAACCACUAUUCUAAUAGCACACAGGGCUGCUAUGAUGAGGCAUGUGGACAACAUUGUUGUUCUUAACGGAGGACGGAUAGUUGAGGAGGGGACUCAUGAUUCAUUGAUGGCAAAGAAUGGUCUGUAUGGCCGAUUAAUGCAACCUCAUUUUGGCAAGGCUAUGCGUCCACAUCGGCGGCUUGUUUAGAAUGGGAGCAUGUGAUGUGAGCAAAUUGCACAACUAAUGUUUGUUCGUGAGAAUUGUGUAAUGUUCUGCUUGAGUUGAAUCACCGGUGAUUGCUGCACCUGAUUGAAUUUAACAGUGUCAGGUGAUGGUUUGCAGAUUGCAAGGAUGGGAAUGAUGAAGCAGGAUAGUGUAGGAUUUGAAAGAUUGGAAUUUGGAGUUUUGUUGGUUUGAGGAUUUGUGACUGGAUGCAUAUUCUUUCAAAGAGAGUAAGGUGGUGGAAUCAAACACUAAUUCAGCUCUUUUAUUGGACCUUCUUUUCACUCUCCCAGUCUCAAGGUGGAUGAUGAAAGAACCUAUUCAUUACUGUAUUUUAUUUUUCAUUUUUGUGAAAAUUGUAGAAAAUACAGUCCAAGAGUUGUUGUAACAUCUGUGUACAUAAAUAGGGAUAGUUUAGAUGGCAUUCCUUUCAGUGCCUGAAUUACAAGAAUUCACCAGUGUUUUCCUUCUUUGUCCCUCAAUUCCUUAAAAAUUUCCACGUGUAUUUUUGUAGUGAAGGUUAAUCUUGUUCAAUUUAUUAAGUUUUCGCC